AUGUCGUUGUUUGUCUUUCAAGCAAUGCUAUUUGCAAGUUGCGCGCUGCUUUACGAUCUGAAUGCUGAGCAUAAUAUAUUAUCUAAAGCCCAAGGUUCUGUGCUGCUCACUUACCAGAGCUCCUCGGUAAACCUCCAUGCUGGCAGUUUGUGGCUCACAAGUGCGAUUCAAAACGCAUUGCUUUUGGAAGCACACAAUUACCAUAAGCUCGACCAUAAUGAUCCGCUUCGCAAUACAAAGAAAAGGCUCUGGUGGUCUAUCUUGCUAAGAGACAGAAUCUUGCCCCUAGGCCUGCGGCGCCAUCUCCAGAUCAGUCGCCCGAAUUUCGACUUGUCUUUGGAUUAUAUGAAUGAAGACGACAUGCAGGAGGAGAUAUAUUGCUCCGAAGUUUACAACGUUGAAACUAAACGCCACUUGACGAGAGUCCUCAAUCUUCAGUGUCAACUUGCAAUGGUUCUCACAGGGGUGGUGACAACCGUCUAUUCAGCUAACGGUUUCACGCAGCCACGACCAAUGGCUAAAACAGACCUUGAGAAGAGUAUGGCCGAUAUUGUGAAGUUCAGAGAGGACUUGGCAGAAUGGGCAAAUGAUGCAAAAGUAGCAUUCAACCCCUUCUCUGGAUCGAAUAAUGUACACGAAUCGGUUAUUCUCUACUCGGAAUUGACCUAUAUGUACUAUCAUUCUGCCCGCGUGGCAUUAUGCCAUUAUGAAACUUUGGUGGUUGAGGCCAAUCCUGAGCUCAUAUCCGGUUCCUAUGAAAAACGGCUUGAAACUAUCAAGGACGAACUGGAGAGCGCAGCGUUAGGAAUAACAAAGUGUGUCAAACGGUUGUUGGCGCACGGUGUUGCACGCCAUCUUCCCAUCAGCGCGAUCGCUUAUACGGCACUGCCUCUCGUUUUAAUCGCCCUUGACGUCAAACUUUCGGGAUCUGUGUCCCAAUCAGCUACCAGAAAACGGAGAUUACGAUAUUAUGCGGAAAUCAUGCAGUUGUACCGAAGUCGAUAUGACGGAACGGAUGACGUUGCAGUAUAUAUACGAGAAAUCCUUCAGUUUGCGGAAACUCAAAAUUUGUCCAUUUCUAUCCGACCGAUGAAAAGUGACGAUUGCGCCCCUGUGCAAGAAACAAGGGGUUGGGCGGAGGUGUUUGUUAGACAGCCACGUUUUUACCUGCGCAUGUCCCUUACUCUUGAUUAUGCCCUUGCUCGGGGUCGAUAUCCUCAGGACAGUGACCUUCCGGUUCUUGUUCGUGAAUUGCCGGUAAAGGGUGUUUUAUCAUCCACCAUCUCAAAUAUUGCGCGGGUUCAAGAAGUCACCACAGAAGCCUCCAAGCAAGAUUUGGAACAACCGUCGACCGCCACCGAAUCAUCAUCGCCGAAAGUAAACAUCAGUCGCAACGCCGAUGGCGCGUCCAUGGUCGACGUGCUGCCUGCCACCGAAGCUCUGUCAUCCCCGACAAAUUCAUCACCAAACGAAGUCAGCCCGACAUGGCCAGGCCAACGCCAGCACCAGCGGUCAACAUCUGUUCAGUCUCAUUCUGCCCGCCAGCGUUCACUAUCUCCACCGCGCCAGAAUUUUCAGGACAUCAAUUUGGAUUUUUUGGACCUUGGAUGCGCGCAGAGCAUGGAAAACGUACAAUAUCCUGAGGAGACCGGAGUGAGCGGUGAUAUUGACUGGGCGAAUAAUAUGCUGGAUGAAAUUUUGAGCGCGAUUCCGGCAUAG